AUGGCGCUUUGCGUUCACUCGUUUAGAUCGACAGCAAUUGAUACAGCGAUAUCGAGUCAAUUCUUUUCUUCUGAAGCAUCCUUGAUCUUUGUACAAAAUUUGAACAUUAAUGUUUAUCGCAUAACCGCUAAACGUGACUUAGAUCUUUUUACAACUAUCCCUUUAUGGUAUGCAGUAAGGCAUUUACAGACCUAUCGACCACAGGGUCUUAAUCGGGAUUAUCUUUUUGUUGUUUUACAAGAUGAUACAUACUUUACGCUUUAUUGGGAUGAAGACUUUCAGAAAGUAAAUAUCGAUCAUCCUCCUCUACGGUAUCGAAUAUCUUUUCCCUGGAGUCGUUUCACCAAAAGUCAUUGUUUGGUAGACAAGAAAAUGCGUAUGAUUUUUUUAAGUAUAGAUGAAGUUUUUAUGCUGUGUAUAAAUAUCUUGUCUGCUGAAGAAAGACAAAACUCUGGUUGUUCCAUUAACGACGGUUUCCCCAUCUCUUUUCCAGUGAACCCUAUACUUGACAUUUGUCUGCUAAACUAUCCGAAAAUUCCUACUUUAGUUGUUUUACACAGUGAAGGUGUUGAUUCGGCUAUAACAGCUUUUCCUAUUGACGUGGAGUCAAAGAAUUUAGAAAAUGGGAUUCGUCUCUUCGAGUCCGUUCUACCUUCCAAAAUUAUCCCUUUCGGAAAACGAGGAUUGCUGGUUUUGGACAGAAGAACCAUCCAUUGCUUUUAUCGUGGUGGAGUAGUUACCAUAAAUUCACUGCCGAGAGUUUAUAAUCAUUGGGUACCUCUUGAAGGUUAUGAUAAUCAUUUCAUUGUUUCUGACGAAAACGGUGAUUUUUAUGCAAUUUACUCAAGCAUUUUGGCUGGGAAACUAUGGAAUUUGACCUUCGAAAAGUUGGAUAUACUACCCGUCACGUUCAUUACAAGUUUAGUCUCACUCAAUGAUGAUCUUUUAUUUAUUGGUAGUCAUGGGAGUUGUUCAAAGCUCAUAUCUCUUCAAGACCUAAGUGAUACUUUUACCUUACCGAACUUGGGGCCUAUCCACGAUAUUAAUAUGUACUCAAGUGACCAGAGUCAAACUAUGCUUGUAUGUGCUGGAUCUUUUAAAAAUCCAUCUAUAUUGCACUAUAGGCAUGCUUUAUUUAUGAACUUCCUUGGAUUUUUUGAAUGUUCUGGUAUUGUUCGCGUCAUGGUUCUCUCUUCGCAUGUGGUUGAAAAACUGUUCAUCGUCUUCGUCGAUGAAACUUUGGUUUUCGAUAUCGAUAUUAAGAAAGGCUUUCAAUUGGAGCUUGUUCCUGAGCUUUCAAUUAACGAAAGAACGAUCGCGCUGUCGGGAACCGGGACCGACAAUCAAUUUAUUCAGGUAACUUCAAAAUCCUUGUACAUUUAUGAUUCCAUGAAUUUAUCAAAAGUAGUACAUCUGGAUAAAAUUACAAAUGCCACUUGUUAUAAAGAUUAUUCUGCAAUAGUUCUGGGUGGAUUAGAGCUUGUUAUAUUUCAAAAAGACGUCGAGAUAUCUCGAAUCAAAUUUGAUAGCGAGAUUAGCUGCUUAGAAAUGGCCAGCGAGUCAAACAUUGCUAUUGGCUUUUGGUCCAAAGAGGUUCUAAUCUUUAACUUUUUAAUAAAUCUUGAUUCCGCAUUUGUGUUUAAGUCCAAACUUCCUUCACUACCUCGAAACGUUAUAUUGGAAAAUUUCAAUUCUGAAAUCAGUCUUUUCCUUGUUUCAUAUGGCGACGGAUUUUUGGUUUCAUAUGUCCUAUCAAGAAACAUUUUAGUCUUUACUGAGAUGAAAAAAUUGGGAACUACCCCGAUAGUAUUUUCUCGGUUGAAUGUGCAUAUUGGAACAUACAUAAUUUGUAAUAAUGAUCAGCCUCAUAUGGUUUACGGAUUCAAUGGAACUCUUGGAUAUAUGCCAUUAAAUAUGCCUGUUUCUUAUGAUGUCUGCCAGUUUUCGAAAGAAAUAGGCACAACUGGACUCGUUGCGGUCUCGUCAAAAGGUGUUUCCUUCUUAGAAAUGGAUAGAAGGCCUCAUUUAUACGCGAAUAAAUUUCCUUUGAGUCAUGUUCCUUUGCGUGCAGUAAUAUUAGACCAAAUACUGUUGACCAUUACUCUUCAUCCGCACUCUAAUAGCACAGAUGGUCUAAACGAAAGAUACUCAUUAUUACUCUUAGACUAUUCUAGCGGUAAACAAUUGGAGAAAUAUGAUUUUCCACUGUACGAUCGAUGUGAAGAAAUUCUAAGGAUAGAAAACGGAACAAUAGUUGUUGCUGUUAAUAAUCAUCAGAUAGUUGAUUUACUCCCGUCGAGUGGUAAGUUAUUGUUGUACCGAUUCAUGCCAGAUCUGAUCGCACUUAAUUGUAUAAACACUGUUCAGCUUUCUGCUGCUGUGAGCUGUUUAUCUGUGUACGAAAAGGGGUUUAUUGCUUCUUUUGGGCAUUUCGUUGGUUUUUUUGAUAUCUUAAAUGAAAAAAUGGGAAUGAAAACUAAAUUUUGUGUUGGCAAUCUGAUAUCACAAAUAAUUGUUGACAGCGAACAAAAUAUUUUAAUUGGGGACGUCGUUGGAUUCAUCACUGUUUUGAGACUGGAAAAUUAUACGUUUGUAAUGUACGCAAGAUACAAUAUUGGUGAACGUAUACUUACUGCUCUUUGCUUUGAAAGAAAUAAAUACGUUUUUGCAUCCGAUAGCGGAGUAUUGCACAUUGUUAGACUGGAGACUAUCGCGGAGUCCGAACAAAUAAAUGGACAAAUAAGACUUAUUACAGAAGCACAAUACCGGCUUCAUGAUAAGGUAACCCGAUUUUGUUUGAAUACGCUUCCCCGAAAUAGUCCUUCUGAUAAAAUGCUAGAACCUCGUUUAUAUUUUGGUACAAGAAAAGGCGCGAUCGGAAGUAUAUUUUCCUUAAAUUCGAAUAUCAAUGAAUUUGACGAACUCGCGAAGAAGAUACGACAGCUUGAACUCUCAUAUCUGCCGAUAAUCGACUUAGAAAGCAUCGAAGAAGAAAAUUCUAAUGAGAUCCCUUUCGUGAAUGGGGAUAUCAUCACUAACACAAAAGCUUGGUCCUCGACUCAGAUUUUUCGAUUGUGUCGACUUUUGGAACAUGCUGAAAACCUUAAUUCCCAUGAGAAAGUUCGUACACUUCUGGAUGAAGUACAACUUCUUUCAUAA